CUUGAGUUUCUGCUCUGUUCGGGUUGAGCCGUGCAGAUAUUUUGUGAUCAACCCAUCCCGGCCUCUGUGCCAUAACUGAAUGGGUUUAGUAAAGUCUUGAGGGAGGUGUGUGAGUACGACAGGAGGAGGAGCAUCAGUCUGUGUCUCUGUGUGUGUGAGGUUGGGGGGAGAUGCUGCUUUUGAAUGGACAGAUUGAAGAAAUGAACAAUCGGACAGCAGAAUGAGUUCUGAGACCUUUCUGAGAAAACUGGACCUACAUUUCACCACUGGAUAUCUUUUGUUGUAACGUGCAGGAGCUUAAGGAAGAAAAAAAACCUUGUGGAUCCUUUUCUUCUUUUCCCUCCGUUUCCCCGUGUGUCCGUUCCUUUCUGUGGUUUCCUGGGAGGAAUCUGGAAAUAGUUUCCCUCUCGGUCAGGGAUCAUGGAUUUGGAGUGGGCGUCCGGGGGCCCCGAGGGCUUCUAUCAGGAGCCGAGUUACCCCGCGCAAGUGCCCUUCAACUAUAACCAGCUCGAGGGGCGUUUCAAACAGCUGCAAGAUGAACGAGAGGCCGUGCAGAAGAAGACCUUCACCAAAUGGGUGAACUCACACCUGGCGCGUGUGUCCUGUCGGAUCACGGAUCUGUACAUGGACCUGCGAGAUGGACGGAUGCUCAUCAAACUGCUGGAGGUUCUGUCAGGAGAGAGACUGCCCAAACCAACAAAGGGCCGCAUGCGCAUCCACUGCCUGGAGAAUGUGGACAAGGCUUUGCAGUUCCUCAAGGAGCAGCGGGUUCACCUGGAGAACAUGGGUUCUCAUGAUAUCGUCGAUGGCAAUCACAGACUCACACUUGGACUUAUUUGGACCAUCAUCCUCCGCUUCCAGAUCCAGGACAUCAGUGUGGAGACCGAGGACAAUAAGGAGAAACGUUCAGCCAAGGAUGCUCUGCUUCUGUGGUGUCAGAUGAAGACCGCUGGAUAUCCCAAUGUCAACAUCCACAACUUCACCACCAGCUGGAGAGAUGGGAUGGCUUUCAAUGCCCUCAUUCACAAACACAGACCAGACCUGAUUGAUUUCGACAAACUAAAGAAAUCUAACGCUCACUACAACCUGCAAAAUGCUUUCAACCUGGCUGAGCAACAUCUGGGUCUCACCAAACUGCUGGAUCCAGAAGAUAUCAGUGUUGAUCAUCCCGAUGAGAAGUCCGUCAUCACAUAUGUCGUCACAUACUACCAUUAUUUCUCCAAGAUGAAGGCCUUGAAGGUGGAAGGCAAACGUAUCGGAAAGGUGCUUGAUAAUGCCAUUGAGACUGAGAAGAUGAUUGAGAAAUAUGAAUCUCUGGCGUCUGAUCUUCUGGAGUGGAUUGAGCAAACCAUCAUCAUACUAAACAAUCGCAAGUUUGCAAACUCUCUGGUGGGAGUCCAACAGCAGCUCCAGGCCUUUAACACCUACAGGACCGUGGAGAAACCACCCAAAUUCACUGAGAAAGGCAACCUGGAGGUUCUUCUGUUCACCAUCCAGAGCAAGAUGAGGGCAAAUAAUCAGAAGGUGUACAUGCCACGAGAGGGCAAACUCAUAUCUGACAUUAACAAGGCUUGGGAGCGUCUGGAGAAGGCGGAGCAUGAACGUGAGCUUGCGCUGAGGACCGAGCUCAUUCGUCAGGAGAAGUUGGAACAGCUCGCACGACGAUUCGACCGCAAGGCCGCCAUGAGAGAAACCUGGCUGAGCGAAAACCAGCGACUCGUUUCCCAGGACAACUUUGGAUUCGACCUCCAGGCGGUCGAGGCAGCUACCAAAAAACAUGAAGCCAUCGAGACAGACAUCGCAGCGUACGAGGAGCGCGUGUUGGCUGUGGUCGCUGUGGCGAAGGAGCUGGAGGCGGAGAACUAUCAUGACAUCAAACGCAUCGCGGCCCGUAAAGACAACGUCCUGCGUCUGUGGGAAUAUCUGCUGGAGCUUCUGAAGGCUCGCAGACAGCGUCUGGAGAUGAACCUCGGCCUGCAGCGGGUCUUCCAGGAGAUGCUUUACAUCAUGGACUGGAUGGAUGAGAUGAAGAUGUUGCUUCUGUCUCAAGACUACGGUAAACAUCUGCUGGGUGUUGAAGAUCUGCUACAGAAACACGCUUUGGUGGAGGCCGACAUCGCCAUACAGGCCGACCGCGUGCGAUCCGUCAACGCAAAUGCCCAGAGAUUUGCUGUGGAUGAGGAAGGCUACAAGCCCUGUGACCCUCAAGUCAUUCGGGAUCGUGUGGCUCACAUGGAGUUCUGCUAUCAGGAACUGACUCAGCUCGCUGCCGAACGGCGCGCACGUCUGGAGGAAUCCCGUCGCCUCUGGAAGUUCUUCUGGGAGAUGGCCGAAGAAGAGGGCUGGAUUCGCGAAAAAGAGCAGAUCCUGUCCUCGGACGACUGCGGCAAAGAUCUGACGGGUGCAGUGCGUCUGUUGAGUCAGCACCGCGCCCUCGAAGACGAAAUGAGCGGCCGGUCCGGACACCUCCAGCACACGGUGCGCGAAGGUCAAGAAAUGGCAGACGCCGGCCACUUCGGCGAAGCCAAGAUCCGCGAGCGCAUUGCUGACGUGCAGGCGCAGUGGGCCGCUCUUGAACAGCUGGCGGCCGUAAGGAAAACUCGUCUGGAGGAGGCCUGCAGUCUUCAUCAGUUCCAGGCGGACGCCGACGACGUGGACGCCUGGACCCUGGACGCUCUCCGAAUCGUCUCCAGCUCCGAUGUGGGCCAUGACGAGUUCUCCACUCAAGCUUUGGUGAAGAAACACAAAGACGCUUCUGCCGAGGUCGCCAGUUACCGGCAGGUGAUCGACGCCCUUCACGAACAGGCCCAGACCCUGCCUCCCGAACAGGUGCAAGCCGCUAACGUCAACGAACGGCUGGCGGGCAUCGAGGAGCGCUAUAAGGAGGUGGCCGAGCUGACGCGGCUGAGGAAACAAGCCCUGCAGGACGCUCUGGCGCUGUAUAAGAUGUUCAGCGAGGCGGACGCCUGUGAACUUUGGAUCGAUGAGAAGGAACAGUGGCUGAACAGCAUGGAGAUCCCAGAGAAACUUGAGGACCUCGAGGUCAUUCAGCACAGAUUUGAAAGUCUUGAGCCAGAAAUGAACAACCAGGCAUCACGUGUUGCGGUGGUGAAUCAGAUCGCCAGACAGCUCAUCCACAACGGACAUCCCAGUGAAAAAGACAUUAAAGCCCAACAAGAUAAACUCAACACCAGAUGGAGUCAGUUCCGUGAUCUCGUGGAUCAGAAGAAAGAAUCCCUGAACUCGGCCCUGGGUGUGCAAAACUACCACCUUGACUGUAAUGAGACCAAAUCCUGGAUCCGUGAGAAGACGAAAGUUAUCGAGUCCACUCAGGAGCUGGGCAAUGACCUGACGGGUGUAAUGGCUCUCCAACGCAAGCUCACGGGCAUGGAGCGAGAUCUGGCCGCCAUCGACGCCAAGCUGGGUGACCUCCGCGGCGAGGCCGACCGCCUGUCCACCGAACAUCCCGACCAGGCCAAAGCGAUCACCGGACGACUGUCAGAAAUCAACGCGGUGUGGGAGGAGAUGAAAGAAACGCUUCGUAACCGAGAAGAAUCUCUCGGCGAAGCCAGCAAGCUGCAGCAGUUUCUCAGGGAACUUGACGAUUUCCAGUCCUGGCUUUCCAAAACGCAGACGGCCAUCGCCUCCGAGGACAUGCCCAACACGCUGGCCGAGGCCGAGAAGCUGCUGGGCCAACACGAGGGCAUUAAGAACGAGAUCAACAACUAUGAAGAGGACUAUCAGAAGAUGAGAGAUAUGGGUGAGAUGGUGACCCAGGGUCAGACGGACGCUCAGUACAUGUUCCUGAGACAGAGACUUCAGGCCUUAGAUACGGGCUGGAACGAGCUGCAUAAGAUGUGGGAGAAUCGUCAGAACCUCCUGUCUCAGUCUAACGCCUAUCAGAUCUUCCUGAGGGACACCAAACAGGCCGAAGCGUUCCUCAACAACCAGGAGUACGUGCUGGCACACACCGAGAUGCCCACCACUCUUGAAGGAGCUGAAGCUGCCAUUAAGAAACAGGAGGACUUUAUGACCACCAUGGACGCCAAUGAGGAGAAGAUCAAUAGCGUGGUGGAGGCUGGACGGAGACUGACCAGUGAAGGAAACAUCAAUGCUGAACGCAUCCAGGAGAGAGCGACGUCAAUCGAUGAACGGCAUAAGAAGAACCGUGAGGCCGCUGUUGAGCUCCUGAUGAGGUUGAAGGACAACAGAGACCUUCAGAAGUUCCUACAGGAUUGUCAGGAGCUCACCCUGUGGAUAAAUGAGAAGAUGUUGACAGCUCAGGACAUGACGUACGAUGAAGCUCGUAACCUUCACAGUAAAUGGCUGAAACAUCAAGCUUUCAUGGCAGAACUUCAGUCCAACAAAGAGUGGCUGGACAAAAUCCAGAAGGAUGGAAAGCAGCUGGUGUCAGAGAAACCUGAAACUGAAGCCAUAGUAAAGGAGAAGUUAUCAGGUCUUCAGACGAUGUGGACUGAACUGGAGUCCACCACCCAAACUAAAGCUCAGUGUCUGUUUGACGCCAACAAAGCCGAACUCUUCACACAGAGCUGCGCCGACCUCGACAAAUGGCUGGGCGGCCUGGAGGGUCAAAUUCAAUCCGACGAUUACGGCAAAGAUCUGACCAGCGUCAACAUCCUACUGAAGAAACAACAGAUGUUGGAGAACCAGGUGGAGGUGCGUCAGAGGGAGGUGGAGGAGCUUCAGUCUCAGGCUCACGUGCUGAGACAGGAGGGUAAAGACACGGACGAGGUGGACGGACGCAGGAAGGAGGUGGAGCAGAAGUUCCAGCUGCUUCUGGAUCCGCUGAUAAAGAGGAAGAACUUCCUCAUGGCUUCUCGUGAGAUCCACCAGUUCAACCGUGAUGUUGAAGAUGAGAUUCUUUGGGUUGAAGAGAGAAUGCCGCUGGCCACAUCAACCGAUCACGGCAACAAUUUACAGACUGUUCAGCUACUUAUCAAGAAGAACCAGACCCUACAGAAAGAGAUCCAGGGUCACCAGCCACGCUGCGAUGAUAUAUUCGAGCGCAGCCAGAGCAUGCUGAAGGCCGACAGUCCGAACGUGGAAGCGAUCCGAACGCGUCUGGACGACCUACAGCAGCUCUGGACUCUGAUCAUGCAGGAGACGGAGAAACGACACAGCCGGCUGGAGGAGGCACACAAAGCCCAACAGUAUUAUUUUGAUGCGGCAGAAGCAGAAGCCUGGAUGAGCGAGCAGGAGCUUUACAUGAUGUCUGAGGAGAAGGCCAAGGAUGAGCAGAGUUCAGUGGCCAUGUUGAAGAAACAUCAGAUCCUGGAGCAGGCGGUGGAGGAUUACGCAGAGACUGUACAUCAAUUAUCCAAAACCAGUCGAGGACUAGUGGCCGCUAACCACCCUGAGAGUGAGAGGAUCGGCAUGCGUCAGUCACAGGUGGAUAAGUUGUACGCUGGAUUGAAGGAUUUAUCGGAAGAGAGGAGAGGAAAACUGGAGGAGAGAUUCCGUCUCUUCCAGCUGAACCGGGAGGUGGAUGACCUGGAGCAGUGGAUCGCUGAGAGAGAGGUCGUGGCUGGAUCUCAUGAACUGGGACAAGAUUAUGAACAUGUUACUAUGCUACAGGAACGUUUCCGUGAAUUCGCCCGAGACACAGGAAACAUCGGACAGGAGCGCGUGGACGGCGUAAACCGCAUGGCCGAUGACCUCAUCAACGCCGGUCAUGCCGACGCAGCCACGGUCGCCGAGUGGAAGGACGGUUUGAACGAGGCUUGGGCGGACCUGUUGGAACUCAUCGACACGCGUACGCAGAUUCUCGCCGCAUCCUACGAACUGCACAAAUUCUACCACGACGCGAAGGAAAUUCUGGGACGCAUCCUGGACAAACAUAAGAAGCUUCCAGAAGAGCUGGGCAGAGACCAGAACACGGUGGAGACCCUGCAGAGGAUGCACACCACCUUCGAGCACGACAUUCAAGCGCUCGGGACGCAGGUAAAGCAGCUGCAGGAAGAUGCUGUACGCCUGCAGUCAGCGUAUGCAGGAGACAAAGCUGAUGACAUUCAGAGGCGAGAGGGUGAAGUCCUGGAGGCUUGGCGCAGUCUUCUGGAGGCCUGCGAGGGCCGACGGGCUCGACUGCUCGACACCGGAGACAAAUUCCGCUUCUUCAGCAUGGUGCGUGACCUCAUGCUCUGGAUGGAGGACGUCAUCCGUCUCAUCGAGACUCAGGAGAAGCCCAGGGAUGUGUCCUCUGUGGAGCUUCUCAUGAACAACCAUCAGGGCAUCAAAGCUGAAAUCGAUGCCCGUAAUGACAGUUUCACCGCAUGCAUCGAGCUGGGAAAAUCUCUCCUGGCACGCAAACACUACGCAUCAGAGGAGAUUAAAGAAAAGUUGCUACAGUUGACGGACAAGAGAAAAGAUAUGAUUGACAAGUGGGAGGACAGAUGGGAGUGGCUAAGACUGAUUUUGGAAGUGCACCAGUUUUCACGGGAUGCGGGCGUGGCAGAGGCGUGGCUGCUGGGUCAGGAGCCGUACCUGUCCAGCAGAGAGAUGGGCCAAUGCGUAGACGAGGUGGAGAAACUGAUCAAACGACACGAAGCGUUCGAGAAAUCAGCUGCGACCUGGGAGGAACGUUUCUCGGCGCUGGAACGACUGACUACGUUGGAGUUAUUGGAAGUGAGAAGACAGCAAGAGGAAGAGGAGAGAAGGAGGAAGCCGCCCACACCAGAACCUGCAGAGACGCAGGACGCAGACGCACAGCAACGGGACGGAGAGCAGAUCGCUCAGAAUGGACUCCCAUCAGACCAGGAAUCACCACGGGAUGGGGUGGAUGGAGAGAUGAACGGAGUGCCUGAGAGAAGCUCAAAGGAGGGGAGUCCGACCCCAUCAUUGACCAAAGAGAGAGCAGUCAAAGGAAGCCAAUCCGCCACGCUGCCGACUAAAGGACAGGAUUCACCGACUGCGCAGCUGGAAGGAAUUUUACACCGCAAACAUGAAUGGGAGGCGCAUAACAAGAAAGCAUCCAACAGAUCUUGGCAUAACGUGUAUUGUGUCAUCAACAAUCAUGAGAUGGGCUUCUAUAAAGACAAUAAGACGGCAGGUCAGGGCAUCCCGUACCACAACGAGAUCCCCGUCAGUCUGAAAGAGGCCAUCUGUGAGAUUGCUGUCGACUAUAAGAAGAAGAAGCACGUUUUCAAGCUGAAAAUUACAGAUGGAAAUGAAUAUCUCUUCCAAGCCAAAGAUGAUGAGGAGAUGAACACAUGGAUUCAGGCCAUUCAGAACGCAGGCAGCGCCUCUUCAUCCUCCGAGAAAUCGGAGAUCACGCCUAGCAACCAGAGCACUCCCGUCUCCAGCCGCGCCCAAACGCUCCCGGCGACCGUCACCAUGACGACCGAGUCCAGCCCCGGCAAGCGCGAGAAAGACAAAGAGAAGGACAAAGAGAAACGCUUCAGCCUGUUCAGCAAGAAGAAGCAGUAGAUGACGACGGUUCCCAUGACGACGGAACAUUCGAUUCUCUCGUUUCCCAAAUUCUUUUGCGAGUUCUCCUAAUUUCGUUGUCAUUUUGUUUGUGUCUGCCCACCUCCAGUGAUAUCCCAGCAUGCAAUGCUCAUGAAGAUGCUACACUCCGUGCCUAGACACCCCGCUAAUUGGGUUCCAAAGUUGUACAAAAACGGGAAAAAGUCGAUACGUCGAAAAAUCGAUUUCUUGCUAGAGUGUACCGCGCUUGGGGAUUUUUCCGAUUCGAAUCCCAAUUUUGAAGUUUCGAGGACCCGAUAUGUUUUUUACACUCUUACGUUUCUAUUGUCGUUGAUUUUGAAAUCUAGCGUACACUUCCUGAAUAUUGCUAUCUCUCGUUUUUUUUUUUGUAAUUGUGUGUCAUUGAGGGGUCUGGAUAUUUAAAACAUUUUCCUCAAUUUUGUGAGGCUGUCUUGGAGAGGCGACGAAUCUCGCUUUUUUUGUUAGGGAACAAGACAGUGAUGCUUCGAAACGAUUCCAUUUCCUGUAUCCGCCUGCCCGUCAGCAGGUGAUCGGAACGAUAAAAUUCCACAUCGCAGAAUUCCAUUCACAAGUAGCUAUGCCAAGUUUUCUCGAAAUUUGCCUUUUAACGAUUAUAAGCUAUUAAAAGAAGAUACUUGCUAAUACAAACGUAGAUUAACGUGUGCUUGAGAGCCUGAUAGUCUUGUAUAAUUUUGAUCAAAUAAAGGUGGGUCGUACCAAACGCUUUUAUGAGCUGUAAGAAUGUUUGCUAUAUACAGAGGACUAGUAACCUGAAUCAUUUUCUCCUUUUUUUGUUAUUCCUUGUCAUUUCUCUUGUGUUUUAUCAUAAUAUAUGUUUCAAAUAAUUCUAGUACAGAGUAUAAAAAUUAGAUGUAUUAUAAACACUUAAAGCAUCAAUGUUAAGUGAACAGUGGAACAUUUACUGAUAAACAGGUAAAGUUACUCCAAAAAAAUGCUAAAAAAAAUGAAUACGGUUACUUGCUUGUGGGCUUUAGCACUGAACAUUAUCUUUCUUCCUCUUUCUUUUCUGGUUUGGGCUUCAUCUUGCUGUCCUGCUCUUUGAUACAUAGUGCGCAUCCCUUCACCCUUCACUGUAUCUAUUGUAAUGAAAACUUUUCAUCUACUGCACAAUCAAAAGCAACAUAUUAGGAAUGAAAUACUUUGUCGGGCGUAAUGAGCGCGUAUAGAAACCUCUGGCCCGACGCUCAAAUGUAUGAAACUGCACCUGUAGACUUUAACCCCCCCUUCCCCUGCCCUGUUAAAUAUGUGCGAUGUCAUUAAAUGCUUUUAAACAUUA